AUUUUAGUUAUUUCAGAUUCCACAAGAUUACUAUUCGCUACUUGGUGGAUAUUCAUAACGAUAUUAACAUCAUUCUACACGGCUAAUCUGACUGCAUUUUUGACCCUCAGUAAAUUUACUUUGCCCAUCAAUGAGCCUAAAGAUUUAUUAGUGAAGAAUUACAAAUGGACUGCGAGACAGGGUAGCGCGGUGGAAUAUGUCGUUAAAAACCCUGACGAAGAACUGAACUACCUUGCUCCUAUGAUCGGAAAGCGGGCACAACUCAAUGAUCCCUCCAACGAUACAGCAUUUCUAAAUAUGAUAGAAAGUGAAAAUUACGUACUGGUACGAGAUCGUCCAGCUGUGGAUUUACUGAUGUACAAUGACUACCGAGCCAGAAGUGACGUGGAUGAAUCCAGGAGAUGCACAUUCGUGGUGACGCCGACUAAGUUCAUGACCAAGGGAAGAGCUUUUGCGUAUCCUAUGAAUAGUCGGCUAAGGGAACUGUUCGACCCUUUAUUAUUAGCUCUGGUGGAAUCUGGAAUAGUUAAACAUCAAACACAAGCAGAUCUGCCAAAUACUGCAAUAUGCCCACUGGAUUUAGGAAGCACGGAAAGACAACUACGAAAUGGAGAUCUGAUGAUGACGUACAUGGUGGUUGUUGUUGGUUUUGCCACUGCUCUGAUCUUCUUCAUUGGAGAGAUUACGUAUAGAUAUUUCAAAUUCGGCAGUAAAAUGAGGCGUGGUCACACACCAGGCGACAGAAUGCGCCACAAGAACCAACACCAGUCGCAAAAGAUUCAAAAUGUAUUGCAUCAUCACCAAAAUUUACUUAACAAUAAUACUCAUGGAGCCCAAUUUGAAUACAACAACGUCUAUGCUAAUGUGAACGAUUAUGCUCCAAAUUCAGUCAACAUACCCAGCAAGAAAAGACCUUGGGGAGGACGCUCAGACUCCGAUCAUUACAUAACACCGCCACCAGCCUACGGAUCGCUAUUCAAACAAUCAUUAGCAGGAUCUAACAACUUAGGCAACAUAGCACCUAAACAUCAACAUCAACAUCAUCAGCAGAACAUCAAUGGAAGAGAUUAUUACGUAGUGAAAACAGUUCAAGGAGAUACAAGGUUGAUACCAGUUAGGCAACCAUCUGCACUCUUAUUUCAGUAUACCAAUUAG